UAAUCACUCCAAAACUCUUGUCUUAUUUCACAUCAAAUCGAAAGAACAGAUGCCACGGGGAAGAAGAUGAAGAUGAUCAUGAAAACCCAUUUCAAUCCAGCAAACCUACUCUUAUUCGUCUCCGGAUUAAGUAUCGGCUUCAUAUUAACUUCAUAUCUCAACACUAACUUCUCUCUAGAUCUUCAUGUUACUCAGUUAUCUCUCUCUACAUCUCCCACUCCGACGACAUUCUCAAACCCAUCAAACGCCGGCGCCGGCGCCGUUUCAUGUUCUUCUUCAUCGGAGAACAAAACCCAUUUGGGUGGAUUAAGAGAUCAUUUGUUAGAUCAUGAUAUGAAUGAUGAAGAAUUGAUGUGGAGAGCUUCAUUGACUCCAAAGAUUAAAGCUUUACCAUUCAAAACUGUUCCCAAACUUGCUUUUUUGUUCUUGACUAGAGGACCUGUUUGGUUGUCACCUCUUUGGGAGAAGUUUUUUAAAGGGUAUGAUGGUUUAUACUCGAUUUAUGUCCAUUCACAUCCGGGUUAUAACCAAACUGAUCAUCAAGAGAGUGGUCUCUUCCAUGGGAGGAGAAUUCCUAGUAAGGAAGUUGGAUGGGGAAAAGUAAAUAUGAUCGAGGCAGAGCGUAGAUUAUUAGCUAAUGCUCUUCUCGAUUUCUCAAACAAACGGUUCAUCCUACUUUCAGAGACUUGCAUACCUUUGUUCAAUUUCUCAACAAUUUAUUCAUAUUUUAUGAACACAACUCAAAACUUCGUAGAAUCCUACGAUUUGCCUGGGCCAGUUGGCCGUGGCAGAUAUAGCCCCAAUAUGGGACCUACCAUUACGAUCGAACAAUGGAGGAAAGGGUCCCAAUGGUUUCAAAUGGACCGUGACCUUGCGCUCGAGAUCAUCUCUGACGAGAAAUUCUUUCCAAUAUUCCAAAAUUAUUGCAAGGGAUCAUGUUAUGCGGACGAACAUUAUAUGCCUACAUUUGUUAGCUCGAUGUUUUGGGUACCGAACUCGAAUAGAACUUUGACAUGGGUUGAUUGGUCUCGGGGUGGACCUCAUCCGAGCCGAUUUGUGAGGGCAGAUGUUACUGUUGAACUUUUGGAGAGAUUAAGGAAGGGAAGGAAUUGCAAAUAUAAUGAAGAGGACAACAAUAUUUGCUUUUUGUUUGCUAGGAAGUUCAUGCCAAAUACUCUUGAUAGACUAUUGAGAUUUGCCCCCAAGAUCAUGGGAUUUAAUAGAUAGCCUUCUUUGCUUGAUUUAUCAAAUCUCCAUUGUAUUAUUAUUUACUAUUUUUUAAACCAUAUUUGUUAUAUUAAUUGAACAUUAGCAUAUUGCAAAUGUAAUACAUUAAACUAAUUUAUAAUAAUAAAUAACAUCAAUAGUUUCA